AUGGACAAUCCUCAUGAUUAUCUCAUCACCAGUCCAUCACGUCCAAGACGUCCUACUAAUCCAGACUCUCCUACUAGUUGGGUUAUGCUGAAUCAAGGGGGGUUUGUCAAACUCGGAAACGAACGAAUUCUUCUCAAACUUGAGUCGAGAAUAUCAUGCGAGCUGUCUGUACCUCAAGAACUGAAGGCUCGAUGUACACCUUUUCAGUGCAAGAGCGACAAGGGCACUCUGUUCCUCACCAAUAAGAGAAUUGUCUAUCUGCCCACCAAACCUACACAGGAGCCCAAAUUUGAAUCUUUCAGUGCACCAAUCCUCAAGUUUCAGGACUCUAGCACAUCGUCGUCUAUGUGGUGGGGAUGGGUAUGGAAGUCGGACUGUAUUCCCGUCUCUGGCGGAAACAUUCCACCUGAUCUGCCUAGAAUAGAAGUGAAAUUCACCUUCUCCGACGGCGGCAUGAUGGAUUUCAACGAGGCGUACAUACGGCUCAGAGAACGACUGUUCCAAUACCAGGAGAUGAGAAGAGAGAUGGGACCCGGUGCAGAUAUCCCAGAUGAGCCUUUACCAGCAUACGAAGGUCCUGCUGCAAAUCCGCCUGAACCGCCGAACACACUGACCGUGCCAAGAACCAACCGAUCAGAUAGUUCUUCCAGUCGGAGAGCACCCGAUGAACCCCCGCCAGGGUAUGAUGAGGCACAGGCGCAGCAGAUUAGUAUGCGCCUAGAAGAUCAUAUAAGAGGAGAGGUUGAUCGUGGGGCCAACCAGGAUUGA